AUGGCUGAUCGACUCCCCCCCAAUCCCCCCUUCAACUCUCCAUCCUUCCCUUCCUCCCCUCCUUCCCCCUUCGGCCUCUCUCCCGAGAGCGACUCAUGGGUUGACAAAUUAUUCAACUUCGCUGCAUACGCAAAAGCCUCCCAUCGUCGCGCUUUUAGCGACUCUAUCGUCGCUCUCGAGCCUCCCGCCGCCGCAAACCCAACAAUGUCGUCCGCUCCUCCCUCCGACCAUAACAAUGUCAACGCAGACAACUAUAAGCCCAACGUAAACCCACCUGACUAUCAUGCCCAUCCAAACCAGCCAAUUCAUUUUAUCCACUCUGAAGGAGAGAUUUCCUCGGCCGACGAUACCCUUCAAUUACCCAUUCAAGAUCCCAAGAGGGUGAAGAGGAUAUUGGCGAACAGACAAUCAGCGCGGAGAUCGAGGGAGAGGAAGUUGCAGUACAUCUCCGAGCUGCAGAAACGCGUCGGAAAGUUGGAGACGGACGUUGCGGCAUUGACGCCAAGAGUUGCCUUCUUCGAUUGCCAACGGUCGAUGCUCGUCAUGCAGAAUAGCCAAAUCAAGCAGCGCAUAGCUGUCCUUGCACAAGAGAAUUUCGUUAGAGAUGGCUGCUAUGAGACACUGAACAAGGAGAUAGGAAGGCUAAGUCAGCUCUACCAACGACAGAAUCUUGUGCAGACGGAUGCGAUGACGGCAGCCAUCGACGCCGGCGGUGAGGACACGGCCUCCAUUUUUUAUCAAAAUGAUUUGCAAACAAACCCCUAA